CAGGAGUGGAACUUCAAACCGAUGCAGAUGAAGUGUUCGGGGGCGGGAACACGAGAGAGGAGUUCAUAUCUCAGUUAGACAUUUCUAAUUCCUCUUGUGGAGCGGACGUUGAUGCUGAUCUGACUAUUUACAUGCAAGAUCCCAGGAAGACGAUUUUUUGUUUCUUCUUCUUCUGCAUCCAUCACUGAAUUGAAAGAUAUUAUCGACUGAACAGAAAAUGUCCACAAAUCCGCGUCUGGACUCGAGUUCUCCAUUCACCCGUGAGGACGCAGAGAGGAAACUUCCUCCGCUCAGCCGGUCGGAGGUGAAGCCGCAGUACGUUCAUCACCUGGACUCAGAACCUCCUCCACCGGAGAUCAGCCCCUCCGUCGCCCACAGACACAAAGAUGUCAAACAGAGGUGUGUGAAGUUCACGGUGGCGGCGGUGAUCUGCCUGCUGCUCCUCCUGCUGGUGGCUGGAAUUCUCCUCGCUUAUUACUUGUCCUCGCCCUGCGCCCGCGGGCUGCAGUGUGGUGACGGGAGCUGCGUGUGGGAGGGGCAGUGGUGUGACGGGGCGAGGGACUGUCCCGCCGGACAGGACGAAGACCACUGUGUGCGUCUGCGCGGCUCCAGCUUCCUGCUGCAGAUCUACUCGGCUCAGACCGACGCCUGGAGCUCCGUCUGUUCCCGCGGCUGGACCGAGCCGCAGGGCCGGGCGAGCUGCCGGACGCUGGGAUUCAGCAGGGGCACGUAUUUUAAAUCCGGCCGACAGACGAGCGACUCUGGUGACGGAUUCUUCACAGUGAGGCCUGAUUUCAACCCGGACGCUUUUAUUCUCCAGCAGCUGGAGCUCAGCGACAGCUGUCCCGACAACAACGUGGUGACUUUACGUUGUACUGACUGUGGGAGCGCUGCGAACUCCAGCGGGGCCCCUGGGGCCCCCGGGGCCCAGCCGGCCCCCCUCGGGUCCUGGCCCUGGCAGGUCAGCCUGCAGCUUUCUGGCUCCCACCGCUGUGGAGGAGCCCUCAUCUCCCCCUACUGGAUAGUGACGGCGGCGCACUGUGUGGACAGGGUCUCCGGCCCCGGAGACUGGGCGGUGUACGCCGGGAUAGUGGAUCCGUCCGGUCCUCUGUUCAACCCCGCUCACUCUGUGAGUCGCGUCGUCGCCCACGAAGGCUUCGACCGCCUCACUCGCAGGAACGACAUCGCUCUGAUGAGGCUCAGCAAAGCUCUGGACUCGACAGCUACAGGCUCCGGGAACAUCCGUCCCGUCUGCCUCCCAGAUGUGGGUCUGAACUUCUCUGCUCCUCAGAGCGGCUGGAUCACUCGAUUUGUCCGCUCGACGAUCGGAGACUCCGCCUCUCAGCAGCUGAUGGCGGCUCAGGUGUCUCUCAUAGACGCAGCCGAGUGCAACAGCUCUUACGACGGCCGGAUGUCACAGGACAUGUUGUGUGCCAGAGAGGCGACGGAGGCGGGAACCAGCGCCAUGUGCCACGGCGGCGGCGGCGGCGGCCCUCUGGUGUCCCUGAGCGACGGGCUGUGGUGGCUCAGAGGGGACCACGUUUGGGGCGAACGCUGCACCGAGCAGAAGAAACCAGGUGUUUACGGCAACGUCGCCUAUUUCCUGGACUGGAUCUACAAACAGAUGAAGAAGCAUCAGGACGACUGACGACUGCACCAGAGAUGUUUGUGUUCAGUUUGGUUUUUCUUCUUUACUAGUGUGCUGACACAUUUUUUUAAUAUCAGCGCCUCAUCGAUAUGUUUAUUAUCACUAACAUAACUUUUAUUAUCACUGCUCUGUUCCUCCAUCAUCUACAUCAGUGAUGAUGCAGAUCUCAGUUGAUGCGCUCCAUGGUUUCAUAUUUGUUUUCAUUUUUGUAAUAUUUAUUGUCUUUCAGUCUUUUAUAAAUAUGAUUGUAUUAAUCUUUCAUGACAUUAAUAAGGGAUGUUUGAGUAAGUAGGAAAUUACCAAACAAGCUCCUUCAGUGACAUCCUAACGGAUGGUUUGGUCCUAAGUAACACAGACUUUAUAUAUAAAAAAUGGACGAAUUGUCACUGGGUCCGGAAAAUGAAGCAAAUGUGGAAGUGCCUGUAUUCUCUGGAAUCACCAGCAGAGGGCGACUAUGACGUCAAAGUGUCCACGAAAUAACGUCAAAGUUUCUCUAAGUGACUUUACUUCUCACUUGAUUCAUAACCCCAGUAAACAUUUUCCUGAGUUUAUGGUUCAAUCUCUAGUUUCAAGUCUAAUUCAAUAACAUGAUGUUCAUUUUCUACAUUAUGGUUCAUUUUACAGUCAUGGUUGCAGGUGGACAGUAGUUGGAUGAGCUGUCAGACCACACCCAGAAUUCUACAAUUCUAGGCUUCAAAACAUCAGCUCACCAACCUAACGCGUGACGUGUUGACACUCGGUCCUCAGUGACCUCACACAACAAAAUAUUUUUGAUUUGGUCACAAGCAGUUUUAUUUACAGCAUAAGUACAAUUUUGGCACAGAAAACCCCCCCCACAUAAAUAAGGGAACAUUCAAUGAUUCAGGUACCUAGAUUGAUUUGACCAGUGACUCGGUGGACGGAGUCGUGCGACUCCCCUUGAUUCACGUACUGUAUCACUGACUUCUACAUAUGAAUAUGACAUUUGAUCAUGUUUUUGGUGCAUGUGUCUCCGCUUU